AUUAUUAUAUAUGAAAAAAAGUCUUUCACGUGUCAUUUUACUUAAACAAUUUGAAUAAAUGAGUCUGAAUAAAUUUUGGGGGGACAAAUAGGCAAGCUUUGGCAUAUAUUAUCAAAAUAAAUGAUUGUCAUAGAAUGAAGUAUGAACUGGGAAUAAAUACACACUGAACACAUGUAAUUUAUUCGUAUUAUGACAUUCUUUUGGUAAACAGCAAAUGACACUUCACAUCUGCGCAAGGAUUCACGUUAUGUGAAUCAGAAUACGAAGCAGUCGCGUGGUUGUGUGCGAAAACGAAGCUUUGGACGUCACUGAUCACGUGGUUAUGGCAAAACGAAUCAAGCUCCGAUACAGUGCUUCACUGUGAGCUGUUUCGUUUUUUUGAUACAAGCUUCGAAGCCUCUGUGUCAGACGUCACAUCACUAGUAACUGCUUUUCUGUGGCUUGGUCGGUUUGCUAUGGGCACUGAGGCAAUUCAUUUAGUUCAGAUUCAGUCAGAUAUCAGUAUGAGAAACCAUUCUUUCCUUGUGUUGGUUUUACUACUCGUGGUCGGUGUGUUUGGUGUUACAGAUGUAGAGAAGAUAAAAGUAUCAGUGAUGCAGGGAGAUUCUGUCACUCUACUCACUGAUCAUACUGAAAUACAGACAGGCAAGGAGCUGCAGUGGAUGUUUCCAGAUGACACUAUCAUAGCAGAGAUUGAUAGAGAAGCCAACACAAUCUCAGUACCUGGGAAUACAAGUUUCAAAGGCAGAUUGAAGUUGAACGAGACGACUGGAUCUCUGACCAUCACAAACAUCAAAACCACAGAUUCUGGAGUUUAUCAACUACAGUUCAGAAACCAAUCUUGGUCUGGAAACAUGGAAGUGUUCAGUGUUACUGUUCAUGGUGUGUUUAGUGUUGAUGGAGUGAAGAAAAUGUCAGCGAUGAAGGGAGAAUCUGUCAUUCUACAUACUAAAAUGACUGAUAUACCAAAAGACGAUGUGAUCGAGUGGACAUUUGGACCUCAAGACACUGCUUUAGCAAAAACUGACACACUGAAUAAGAUAAGAUAUAACAACGAGACAUUUAAAGACAGACUGGAACUGAACACCAAAUCUGGAGAUCUCACAGUCGAUAACAUCAACACUGAAGUGUUAGGAUUUUAUAGAGUGAAGAUCAUCAAGAGAACAUAUACAUUACAGAAGAUCUUCAGUGUUACUCUCAAUGAUUCACGUCAGUUUCCAGGUACAGUUUUGUCCGUGAUAUUUGGCGUGACCAGUGUUGUUUUGGCUUGUGCUGCAGCUGUUUUGUACUACAAGAAUAGACAAUUGAGACAAAUGUGUAAGUAUCACAUACAAAUUAUAAAUUUAGCAAGAGACAAAUAUUUAUUUAUAUACAAGUUAUUUUGUUUUUUUAAAUAAAUGAAUAACCAUAAUCAUUUUUUUGUUGUUGUUUCCACAAGCUGUAAUGAACAGUGUUUCUGUUUUUAAUGAAGAAUAACAGAAGUCUGUCUCUGAUACUGUGAGCUUCAUCUGUCUGUAGAAAAAUCAAACUCAGUUAUCACAGAAAUGAUCUGUCUUUUAUUUCAGCAGCAUUUGCAGUAUGGUGUUUGUGUAUUUAGUGACUUUAUCAAGUUUAUUCAGAUAUUAAUAACCUUGAGAAGAAACACCAUCAAUAUAGACAUUUUAAAGGCUGAACUGAUCUUGAUUCUUCUGAAGAAUAAUGUGUCUGAACUUCAUUAUUACAAAUAUAAUGACAAAAAUGACCUUGAUCUGGUUUUAAUUAUUCAUUUUACAGUUUUUUUGUCUGUUUUUUUUUCUGGAUUCACUACAGAGAAUCCUUACAAAUAUUCUCUGUGCGACACACUGGCUUUAUUCAGAUAUUAAUGUGACAUUGACAAUGUAAUUUUUACACUCCUGGCUCUCUUUACAGUUACUGUUAAUGUAUUGGUCAGUUAAGAGAGUAAAUUUAUCCAUAACAUAUUGUUACAGCAGGACUCUGACUCUGUGUUGAUAACACUCAGCAUGUUAAUUCUCCUUUUUUAAUUUUUUCUUCUAUAUUUUCUCACAGAUUGUGAUGCUGUUCGAAGUACUGAUAGCAUGUUUUGAAAAACUCAACUCCCAACAGCAGUAUCUUGUGGUCACCACCACACAAUACAUAUUAACAGUGUUUGAAGUUUACCCAUGUGUGCUUUUGACAUGUGAAAGUGAUAAAUGAAAGCACAUUUCUCUAAUUAUGCCAAAUCAAAUGAUAUUCUCACUUAUUAUGAAGUUGAUGUAACACUUAAAACACGUAAAACAGUACAUGAAAAGAGUAUUAUGUCUGAAAUUUCAGUAUUCAAAAAAAGAGUAGGCAAGAAACACCCCAAUAAUAGUGUAAAUGCCAUAAGUGCUUCUCUGCCGCCAUCUAGUGGUCAUGUCUUUUUUUUUUAAGUUUUGUUUGCCUAGAAGUGUUAUUUUUCCUUAGUCUUUAAACUUUCAGUUGUCAUCUACAGUGAUAUCGAUCCGUUCCUGUAUUAAGAGUCAAGACUGAUUUAGUGUAAUUUAUCAUGUGUGCUCUGUAUGAACACUUGAUAAUUGUUAUACUUUUACAGAAUUUAGCAGAAAUAAUCUCAUGCUAAACUUAACAUGUGAAUACUUUUGUUCUUAUUGUUUUUUAUUUGAUACUCUUGCACUGUUAAUUUCCACAUUUUAUGUUCUUUAUUCAAUUGUUGUAAAUCUACAGAAGCUCAAAAGGAAUAAACAGAAAUUUGCAGGAGAUUCAUCAA